AAACCCUAAAAAAGCACUCUCAGUAGCCGCCUGCCUCGCUCUCAGUCAAUCUCUCUCGGUCGUCGGUCACGGCAAGGGUCUACUCUCAGGCGACCUCCACUGAUGAACAGGCACACAACUUGACAUUUUCUCAAUCUCAGGCUCCCUCACGGCGUCUCCGUUCAGCAGCGGCGUCGUUCUUCGCUCAGGCGGAGGUUCCAAGGCACAAACAUGAAUGCCUUCAAGGCUUUCAAAGCAGCUGUCCCAAUUGAAUGGAGUCCUAAUCUUUAUAUCACCUUGGUGAGAGGUAUUCCAGGAACUAGGAAACUUCACAGGCGUACUCUAGAGGCAUUACGUCUCGGCAAGUGCAACCGAACUGUCAUGCGAUGGAACACUCCUACUGUUAGGGGAAUGCUCCAACAGGUAAAGAGAUUAGUUGUUAUUGAGACGGAAGAGAUGUACAAGGCCCGGAAACAAAAUCUGGUAAACCACCGAGCAUUGCGUCCCCCACUAGUCAUAAGUCAUCUACCUCCUUCUAGUCCACCUUCUGCAAGUACUUCUUCUUAAGGUCAGGUCUCAGUUUUCAGAUGUGAGUUUAUUGUCAAGAAGACAAUCUUCCUGUACUGCCAAUUUCCAUCUGGUUGUGCAUCGAAUAUUAUAUCUGGUUUGAGUUAUAGUAAUAAUUUGUUUUUUCCCCAGAAGUGAAAUGCAGUUGAGUAGUCCAUCUAUUUACCUAUUUACCUAUACAAUUUAAUCUAAUAUCUUAUUAAUGUAUAUUAUUUGGUUUUCUUUUAUGAAUGCCUCACUGUCUAAUUUUCAUAGUUAUAAAUUUGAUAUGUUAUGGUUGUAGAAUUGUAACUUACAUUCAUAAAUGUGUAAGUGAGUUGCAUAUUUGAUUUGAAUUUGAAUUUGAAUUUGAAACAAA